AUGCGCAGGAGUGAUGGGGAUGAUAGUAUUAUGUGGACAACGACGACAGACUGUAUAAGAGAGGCAGCGAGAGAGGUAUUAGGGGUCUCGAAGGGGUACUCAGGUGGGCACCGAGGCGACUGGUGGUGGAAUUAUGUGGUCCAAAGUAAAGUGGAAGCAAAGAAAGCGACUUACCUUAAGUUAGUGGAGAACACAGACGAGGAUAAGAGGAGUGCGAACAGAGAAAGGUAUAAGGACGUUAGGAGGGAAGCGAAGUUAGCAGUCAUGGAGGCUAAGACUAUCGCGUUUGGGCUGCUAUAUGAGGAACUGCGGAGUGAAAGUGGGGACAAGAAGUUAUUUUCGCUUACUAAAGCGAGAGAAAGGAAGGCUCGUGAUCUUGACCAAGUGAGGUACAUCAAAGACGAGGAAGGUCGGGUAUUGAUGGGAGAGGUCCAGAUUAAGCAGAGCUGGCAGUCGUACUUUCAUAGACUUCUGAAUGAAGAGGGGGACAGAAACAUCGUGUUAGGGGAGUUGGGGAACUCCGAAAGUCAUCAAGACUUUAGGUACUGUAGGCGUAUUAAGGUGGAGGAGGUCGUGGGAGCAAUGCGUAAGAUGAUUCGGGGCAAAGCGAUCGGACCAGAUGAGAUUCCAGUUGAAUUUUUGAGGUGUAUAAAAUUGCUAAGUCAUACCAUGAAAGUUUGGGAGAGGGUGGUGGAAGGGAGGGUAAGACGGGUGGUUUCUAUAUCAGAAAAUCAGUUCGGGUUCAUGCCUGGUCGCUCUACUACAGAAGCUAUCCAUCUUAUUAGGAGGUUGGUGGAGCAGUAUAGAGAUAGGAAGAGGGAUCUACACAUGGUGUUCAUUGAUCUAGAGAAGGCAUGUGACAAGAUCCCUAGGGACAUUCUUUGGAGAUGCCUGGAGGUGAAAGGUGUGAUGGUAGCUUAUAAUAGAGCGAUAAAGGAUUUAUAUGAUGAAGCUAAGACUCGGGUUAGGACUAUGUGA